CCGACCGAAAUCUCUCUCCUCGCGCGCUCGCAUUUCCGGCGAUUCGAAAAUUUUCCCCAAUUCGUUUUCCCGGGAAGUGAGAGAUAAGAGAAGAAUACACAGACGGGAUGCGCGAGCCCAGGGAUGGCGGAGAUGGCGGGCGACGGGAAGAGCAAGACGAUCUGCUCCAUCUGCUUCGAAGAUCUGAAGCCUAUCAUCGAAGACCUCCAAGCCAUCCCCAUCUGCGGCCAUGUCUUCCACGAGCUCUGCUUGCAACAGUGGUUCGAGUACUGUCCGAGCACGAGGAAGCGGAGCUGCCCUAUCUGCAAGCAGGCUUGCCAGGCGAACAAAGUCUGUCGGCUUUACUUUCAAUCUGUCGGCGACGCGAGCGAUGCCGCUCUUCCUCCUAAGUCGCCCAAUCUCGAGGUCGAUCCCGGGGUAUUGCGUGUGGAAGUGAGGAGAUUGGAGGGGAAAGUGUCGGGGCUUAUUUCUGCUCUGGAGAAUCAGACCAGGGAUCUUGACCAGCUCAAUGAGGAGCUAUGCCUUUCCAAGGAAUUGGCAAAAAAGGAGGCAGCACUGAAGGAUGAUGUCUUAAAACAAAAAGCUUCCAUUCAGCAGUUGCUUCAUUUGAAAUCUCAGGAGCUUGAUAAAACCACAUUGGAAUGCUUAAGAUUGCAAGAAAGAAACAUGGCAUUGGCUAAAGAGCUUGCUGCACUUAAAUUGGUGUCUGACUUGGACUUGGAGGAAGGUGAAGUUCUAAAGCUCGCCAGUCUGGGUAAUGAGGGCAACACCAGAGAUACCAUAGAUAUCCUUAGAAAGUCCUUAGUCAUACGAAAUCAGAGUUAUAAAGAAUUGAUGGCUAAGUGCAAUAUUCUUGGGAGAGGAGAGGCUCGUUCAACGCGGAAGCUCGAGAAGGCUAAAGGAAAGAUAAGUAAAUUGAAGAUCAGGGUCCAAGAAUUAGAGGCAUCUAUUGAAGCAAAAGAUAAUGAAGUCUUGAGGUCUCUGAAGCAAAAGAAACAAAAAUCUGAUGUCACCAAUCAAAGUGAAGCUACCUGUUAUACAACUUCAGCAGUAGGAAAAUUUUCCCCUGAAGAUGAAUCAGCGCCUCCCCCUGUACCAUUGCCUGACUCUAACUUAUUUGGUAAAUUAACAAAGUCAGAUGCUUUUUUGGAAAAAGAGGGUUUCAGGACCAUGAGAAAUGUGGGUGCAAAUAAAAACAAUGGACCGAGUGCCGUUACCUCAAGGCAAGUUGACUCAUUCAUAUUUAUCAAGGAGGAUGCCUCAGAACUUCCUCUGCCUGGUGCAAAAAAUUUCGUUCUAAAAAACGAAGUAUCCAAGUCAGAAAUCUUUUCUAACUUCAAUCAGGAAGCUGUGGUGCCUCAAGCAUCAAAUAUGCCCAUUGAAAUCUCAGGUUCAAAAACUAACAGUGCACCUAGAAAAGUGGGUAUUGUCACUAUAGAAGAUGAUGUGGCAAUUAUGAAUAACAACUUAGGCCAGCCAGUGCUGAAUAUCAGAAAAGAGACUCCCCCACAGCUUCCGCUUGGCAGGCCAGGAGAAAUAUGUUUUUCCGGUGGAUUGCUUGGUCCAGAUGGAACAACAAGGUACUUGGGAAAAUGGUGUAAGCGGGGACACAGUGAGACAUUGAAGGCCGCCCAAAGCUUAAGCAUCAAUAAUGGUGGUCUAAUAGCUGUUGGGUCUGAUGGAAGAGGUGGUAGAAUCAAAGCCCUAAGGUCUUCCGUCCAAACUUCUGUGGAUGGUAAGGAGACGCCAAUGAAGAGAUGCAAAUCUGAAUCCAAGACAAAUAUCUCUCAAUCUAAAAAAUGCUUGCAAAUAGAACACUUCUUUGCAAAGAUGUCUCAUUAAGUACACUUAUUAAUGCACGGGUACAUUUUUGUGAUUUCCCUGUAGUUGAGCGUGCAAGACGAAAGCUUGAUUCCUUUUUGACUGCGCUCGAGAUGGCACCAAGUUGCACGAUCGUUCACUCAGUGAGUGCCCCUAGUGAUUGGAAAAAAGGUUGUAUGCUGGGUAAAAACUCAGAUUCCUUUUGAAGGUGCUCUGAAUGGCAGCAAAAUGCCACACUUGUGCACUUGAUGGGGUGCCCCUGGUGAUCGAAGAAAAGUUGUGUGUCAUAAUUAUUUGAUACCAACAACUCGCUUUUCUGGCAAUCCCAUUCUGUUCCAUCGUCUCGUGGUUCAGCUUGCCAUAAACCGCCAGAAGAACCAAGCCAAUCUGCCUUGUCGCCUCCCAUCGAAGAGUGCUUGUAGAUCAGAAGAAUACUUGGAGGCCGUGAAUCUAAAACCAUAUUUAUUU